UAACGUUUCUAUAUAUUAUAUAUUAUGUACGCAGAUGCGCCUGAUUUAUCGCUAUGCGCGUGUAUCAGACGGAGUGCACUUUGUUAUGCAGUAACCGGGGCGUCUCUUAUCGGUUCUUAUCCGGGCUUGGUCGCGGCCGACAAUAAGCGUUUAUGCAUUCGGCCUCACACUCAUCCAGUAUCGAGGAAACACGCAACUGACCGAUGACGACGGCCAGUCCGGAAGUCGUACCCUCCGCCCAGCAGGACCGAUGGCAACAUGGGGAGGCGCAGGGAGACGACUUAGAUUCUUCGGCCAAUUCACACACUACCUCAUCGGCUAUGCGACAUGGCUCCCUCCGCUGAUCUGGUUCAAUACGUCGGUAGCCCAGAUCACCUUCAUCAGCGGGCCGUCCAUGUAUCCGUUCCUAAACGCCGAGUACCACGAAUCCCGGCGCCAGGACUUGUGUUUGGUGUAUAAGCUGUAUGCGCGCAAGGAUCUUGUGCGCGGCAUGUUGGUGACAUUCAGAAACCCAGACGACCCGUACAAGAUCACGGUCAAGCGAGUCGUUGGCUUGGAGGGCGACGUGGUGAGGACGCGGGCGCCGUAUCCCUACGAAUACGUCCAGGUCCCCGAGGGGCACGUAUGGGUCGAGGGAGACGGCGACAGGAGCAAGGACAGCAACUACUACGGCCCAAUCUCGGCUCGCCUCAUCACCGGGAAGAUCACACAUAUCCUGUCGCCCUGGAAGAGGGCUGGCCGUGUAAAGUGGUGGGAGCACCCCGAACGACCCGGCGUGCAGAAAGCGCGGGCGUAGCGGAAACACCAAACACCCGCGCUUCUCACUCUCGUGGCUCUGUCCAGCCCGUUAGGUUUAAUAUGUCCACGGGAGUGGUGUGAUUCGCAUCCAUUUGUACAGAUAUGCUUGUGUAGAGGCGUUGUACAUACCACAGGGUCCAAUUGACCGAAUCGGACCAAGUGUUGGAGGUUCCUUGUUUUCCAGGUUUGACUCGUUACCAGGUUCCAUCCAACGCAAAGUUGAGUGAAGCUUCGCAGCGUCCACUUAUCGGUGACAGCGCAGUUCCCUGCAGGGUACGCAGUGUGGCAGCCAGUGAGAGGCACGCACGGGCCAUACCCUAGUGUAAGUUUUGAAGGUUACAUGGUACGUACUGAUACACUUGGUAAUACACUACCAAAAAUGUUCGACGGAGAAAGAAGAUUGGGGUUGC